AUGGCGACUCUGGCGGAGAAGCUCGAGAAGAUCAAAUCUCCCAAGCUGCAGAAUCAGCACCAUACUGCCGUGGUGCUCUCUGCGGUGGAAGACACACUCCGCGAUCAAAAAGCCGAUUUCUCACCGACCGCAUAUUUUGCUGCGCUCCUUGCGCUUUUGUCUCAGUCACUGUCGGCCUCGCAGGGCAUUGUGAACAAGGACCUGGCAACUUCGGUCGUCUACCUUCUCGACCUCACAACCGCCUACGUCCCCGCCCCGAUCCUUCGCUCGAAAUUCUCCCAAAUUCUCACUGGUCUCGCGCCCGCGCUCUCCCUGCCCGAGGUUGAGGCCCCGCUGCUGCGCCCGUCGAUUGGCUGUCUAGAAUCGCUGCUCAUCGCCCAAGAUGCCGCAGCCUGGAAUCUCCCCCACACUCAGAUCGGUCCGCGCCGGGCCACCGCCGGCCUACUGAGCCUCUCGGUCGACCAUCGGCCCAAGGUGCGCAAGCGCGCCCAGGAGGCACUGGUGAAGGUUCUCAAAACGCCCCCGCCGAGCCCGUCGCUGGAUCACCCUGCGGCGGACAUGUGCGCCGAGUCCGCAAUGAAGACACUCGGCGACAGCAUUGCGGCCGCGGCCAAGCAGAAGAAGGGUCGGCACGAUGCGCAGCACCGCGAGAAUCACGAGCCUCUGGUUAUCCAUUCGCUGCAAUUGGUUAAGACUAUCGCCUCGGCGUCAGGCGGUUGGCCGAGCAAGAAAAUUGAAGCGCUGUGUGAACUGCUGAUGAAUGCCUCGCGUUCCAGCAACGAGUACAUCACCAUGGGGGCAUUUGAGGUCUUCGAGGUCAUUUUCGAAGGCAUGGCCGACGAAUUCUCCUCAUCCAAGCUCCCGCGUUUGUUGGACGCCAUCUCCGAACUCAAGCCCGCUCAGAAUGACUCGCAGCUUCUCCCGCCUUGGAUUGCAGUCUUGUCUCGCGGCUACGAUGUGUCUGCGCAGAUCAGCCCCGAGGAUACCUUUGAGAAGCUGCCGGGUCUGUUUCAGCUGAUUGCCGGGUUUUUGGCGUCGCCCUCGCACAACAUCCGCGUGUCGGCAUCCGAGUGUUUGAUCUCGUUCUUGCACAAUUGCAUUCCGGGCAGCGUGAUUGUGGAGCCGUCGAUUUACGACGAGAAGACGCUGGAGAAGCUGGCGCGCGCCGCCAUCGACCUGCUCUCAGUGAAAUACCAGGCGGCGUGGAUGGAGGUAUUCAAUGUGUGCGCCGCCAUGUUUGACUGCUUCAAGUGGCGGUCGAGUCCAUUCCUGGAUAAUAUUGUCACGACGAUCGGAGAGCUGCGCAGCAACGAGUCAUUCCACGGUAAGAAGGAGGCCGAUCGCGUGCUGGGCAGUGCCAUCCAGGCGAUGGGCCCGGCGGCCGUUCUGGAGAUUCUGCCAUUGAACAUUAUCGAGCAAAAGUCUGGUCAGCCUGGUCGUGUCUGGCUGCUGCCCAUCCUCCGGGAUAAUGUCACCAACACCGAUCUGCGCCAUUUCCGCGCAGAGAUGGUACCUCUGAGCGAGGCGCUAUACCAGAAGGUGGUGAAUUUCAAGGCUGCCGAGAAGUCGGUCGAGGUGAAGAUUUUCGAGACCUUAAUCCAGCAGACCUGGGGCAUCCUGCCAGGCUACUGCGCAUUGCCACUUGAUUUGGUCGAUGCUUUCGACCAGAGCUUUGCCGAGCUGCUGUCCAACGUCUUGUACAAGCAGACCGAGUUGCGUGUCGAUGUCUGCCGCGCCUUGCAGAAUCUCGUCGAGUCGAACCAGGCAAUUCUGUCCGUCGAAGGCGACGAAGAUGACCUUAUCCUGCAACGUCGUAUUACCAAGGCGGCCGCUACAAAAAACAUCACUCAUUUGGCUGGAUUCGCAAGUAAUCUGCUCGCGGUGCUUUUUAAUGUCUACAGCCAGACGCUUCCGCACUACCGCGGCUACAUCCUUGAGUGCAUCAAUGCCUAUUUGAGCAUCACCCCUGAAAAAGAACUCAAUGAAACCUUCGUGCGGGUCACAUCGAUGCUCGAAUCAUCCUUGGCUUCUGAACAAGAAGCAGCGGCUCAGCAAGGAAACCCACAGCAGGGCUCGUCCGACAAGAUGCCGCCGACCUCACACACUCUGAUUGAUCUGGUUAUUGCCAUGUCGAUUUACUUGCCUCGCUCCAGUUUCAACGGUCUGUUCGCUCUGGCGGCAGCCAUUCUCAAUGGCUCGUCCCCGAACCCGGACCAACAACUGAUCAAGAAGGCAUACAAAUUGAUUCCCCGGCUCGCCUCGACAGAGACCGGCAGUUCCGCGCUGCAGGAGCGUAGCAGUGAUCUGCAAGCUUUGAUGCUCGCCACCGCUGACAAGACUCCUGCAUCGGGCCGGCGCGACCGCAUGCUCGCCAUCCACGAGCUGAUUACACACUUGCCCACCUCAGACUUGCACUUCAUCCCGUCAAUUCUGUCUGAGGUGGUCUUGGGGUGCAAGGAAAGCAACGAGAAAGCACGUACCGCGGCGUUCGAUUUGCUGAUCCACCUUGCCCACCGCACCAUCGACGCGGAGCGAAACCCGGCUGGCACCGUGAUCCGCAACGCGCUGGUACCACACAUGCCAGACGACUCACCCGACGCCCCGGCCACGAUCGAGGAGUUUUUCACCAUGGUCUCGGCCGGUCUGGCCGGCUCGUCGCCGCACAUGGUGGCUGCGUCGAUUACGGCACUGUCGCGGCUCUUCUUCGACUUCUACACCCAGCUCCGCCCCGAAGUUCUCACAGACCUCGUUCAAACCGUCGAGCUUUUCCUCACAAGCAACAACCGCGAAAUCGUCCGGUCGGUUCUCGGGUUUGUCAAGGUCGCUGUGGUGGUUCUUCCCGAGGAAGCCUUGCGCCCGCGUCUGUCCGCUCUUGUUCCCAAUCUGAUGGUGUGGAACAAGGAGCAUAAGGGCCGGCUCCGCAGCAAGGUGAAGGGCAUUAUUGACCGGCUGGUGCGCCGCUUCGGCGCCCCACUCAUGGAGAGUCUGGUUGGCGAAGCGGACCGCAAGCUGGUCGUGAAUAUCCGCAAACAGCGCGAGCGCAGCAAGCGCAAGAAGAAGGAGGGCGCGGCUGAUGGGGAAGACGAGGAUGCGGAUGACCAGACAGCCGAUCCACAACCCAAUAAUGCUUUCGACAAGGCGGUGUAUGGCUCAGAUCUCUCCGAUGACUCGGACGACUCGGACGAUGAUGCCAGCGAGAUUGACGUCGACAACGAGGGCAUCGCCCGCAUCAAGGGCCGCGGCCCCGCCAAGAAGAAAUCCGCCCAGAGCACGCAAUACAUCCGCGAGCUCUCACCCGAAGACAACCCACUGGACCUGCUGGCGCCCGACGCCCUGGCUAACAUCUCCACUACCAAACCCAGCCUGCGUUUCCUCAACACCGGCCCCGGUGCCAAGAAGAAGCGCUCUGCUAAGGUCGAUGCUGACGGCCGUCUGGUCCUCGGCGACGACGACACUGCCGCCGACGUCGACAUGAGCGGCGCGGCCCCGGGCCCGAGCGGAGUGAACGCCUAUCUUGCCGCCGUGAGCGGACCCGACGCCGUCCGCCGCGGCCAGAAGGGCAAGGUGAAGAUGGGUCAGUCGCAGAAGAAGAAUACCGGUGAUGGCAUGGACCUGGACGACGAGGAUGACAACACCAUGAACGACGAUCUCCGUGCCUCGGGCUCAGGCCAGGGCCGUCGUGGACUGGGUAUGCCCAAGACCCCCGGUGCGCCGGGCGGUGGGCGCAUCGAGAAGCGUCGAAGCCCUGGAAAGAGCGGCCGGGGAGGCAUCCGCGCUGGUAGGGGACGUAGACGCUAG